GAAGAGGUGGGCAGGGGCCAGAUCAUGGGUCUCUGUAACUGAGUGACAAAAUGAGAACUGGUAGCCAGUAUCAUUGCUGUUAUCCUUGAUAUAUGCCCUCUGGCUUGAGGAUCUACCUUGUGUCGAGCCCUGCAGGAGGACGAAGAGGUCCCAACAGGACAUCCUACUGUCGAAAUCCACUCUGUGAGCCAGGAUCCUCUGGGGGCUCAGGUGGGGGCCACACUUCCAGCGCAUCAGUCACCAGUGUCCGUUCCCGCACCAGGAGCAGUUCUGGGACGGGCCUCUCCAGCCCCCCACUGGCCACCCAGACGGUCGUGCCCCUGCAGCACUGCAAGAUCCCCGAGCUGCCCGUCCAGGCCAGCAUUCUGUUUGAGUUACAGCUCUUCUUCUGCCAGCUCAUAGCCCUCUUCGUCCACUACAUCAACAUCUACAAGACAGUGUGGUGGUAUCCGCCCUCCCAUCCGCCCUCCCACACCUCCCUGAAUUUCCACCUGAUCGACUUCAACUUGCUGAUGGUGACCACCAUUGUUCUGGGCCGCCGCUUCAUUGGGUCCAUCGUGAAGGAGGCUUCUCAGAGGGGGAAGGUCUCCCUCUUUCGCUCCAUCAUGCUGUUCCUCACCCGCUUCACCGUUCUCACGGCAACAGGCUGGAGUCUGUGCCGCUCCCUCAUCCACCUCUUCAGGACCUACUCCUUCCUGAACCUCCUGUUCCUCUGCUAUCCGUUUGGGAUGUACAUUCCGUUCCUGCAGCUGAACUGUGACCUCCGCAAGACAAACCUCUUCAGCCACAUGGCCUCCAUGGGUCCCCGGGAGGCGGUCAGUGGCCUGGCACGGAGCCGGGACUACCUGCUGACACUGCGGGAGACGUGGAAGCAGCACACGCGGCAGCUGUACGGCCCGGACGCCAUGCCCACCCACGCCUGCUGCCUGUCGCCCAGCCUCAUCCGCAGUGAGGUGGAGUUCCUCAAGAUGGACUUCAACUGGCGCAUGAAGGAGGUGCUGGUCAGCUCCAUGCUGAGCGCCUAUUACGUGGCCUUUGUGCCUGUUUGGUUCGUGAAGAACACACAUUACUAUGACAAGCGCUGGUCCUGCGAGCUCUUCCUGCUGGUGUCCAUCAGCACCUCGGUGAUCCUCAUGCAGCACCUGCUGCCUGCCAGCUACUGCGACCUGCUGCAUAAGGCCGCUGCCCACCUGGGCUGCUGGCAGAAGGUGGACCCAGCACUGUGCUCCAACGUACUGCAGCACCCGUGGACUGAAGAAUGCAUGUGGCCACAGGGCGUGCUGGUGAAGCACAGCAAGAACGUCUACAAAGCAGUGGGCCACUACAAUGUGGCCAUCCCCUCCGACGUCUCCCACUUCCGGUUCCACUUCUUUUUCAGCAAACCCCUGCGGAUCCUCAACAUCCUUUUGCUGCUGGAGGGCGCUGUCAUCGUCUACCAGCUCUACUCCUUAAUGUCCUCUGAUAAGUGGCACCAGACCAUCUCACUGGCACUCAUCCUCUUCAGCAACUACUACGCCUUCUUCAAGCUGCUGCGAGACCGCCUGGUAUUGGGCAAGGCCUACUCGUACUCGGUCAACCCCCAGAGGGACCUAGACCACCGGUUCUCCUGAGCCCCAGGGCGACCCAGGGACAGCAUCCAGGCUUCAGCCAGGGGCUCCCUGGGAAGCGGCUGUGGGAGAGGGAUGGGUGAGGGGCAAAAAAAAAAACAAAAACAGACAAAAAAAAAUCCACCAGAGCUUUGUAUUUUUGUUACAUACUGUUUCUUUCUUUGAUAAUUGAUGUGAUUAUGAGGAGAAAAAAGAAGUCCUAUUU